UCACUCUUGUGGUCCUUCAGCAGCCUCGCCGGCCACAGGCCAGAUCUCCCCGGUGUCCCGGAGCGGGUUUCCCGAAUCCGUGCCCUCAACACCUGGCUCAGGGAUGCUGUGAGGCCCGCCACGCUCUAGGCCAAAGGACGUGACACUUUGAUGUUAGCUACUGAAUCCUGGGGACUAGUGAAACUACUGAAAAUCCAAGCGAUCACUUUGGUAUUAAUGUGUAAGGCCUAAUAACACAGCUUUCUUUCUCUUUACAGAAACUAUUCCUUCUCUGACACAGUGUAAUCGAGGACUGCGUGUGUGUGCGCGCGCGCACUCUGUCUUUAAUGACAGAAACACGAAAACCGACAUCUUUGCAGAUGGCUUUUCUCUCUAACUCGAGAGUGCUUUGGUUCAUUACCUGUCGAUCACAGUUUUUAUUUCCACGUGGGACACAGGAGCUCUGUCACUGAGUGGAUGCCUCUAGAACACGACUUCGGGAUAAGGAACAGCGGCAAAUACAUGUAAAGACACGUGUGUGUGUGUGUGUGUGUGUGUGUGUGUGAAGGAGGGAUCCUGCUGCCCUGAGACCUGGGGGCCCGAGGAGAGGGCCUGGUGAUGGACGUGGACGUGGCCAGAGACCGGAGGCUGGGGGAAGCCCAAGGGAAGGCAAGGGUGGGAACCCUUUCUCCGCAGCCCCGUGGGGUGACCGUCCCCAUCACAAAACGAAGAAACCACUGAUGCAAAGUGCGAACGAUUCCCAGCCGACAGAGCUCGUGGCGCUCGGGGUUCGCUUGUAGAAAAGGCACGUAUGUAUCGUCCGGCGGCCAUCGCCCGGCUAGGCGUUGUGUGCGUCCACGCGUGGGGAAGGCAGAACUGCGCCCCCCGCCCCCAGAGAAACUUGUGCUCGUCCUUAUCCACGUGGCUGAGGGCCAAGCCCUUUGGGUUCCAGCUUCCCCGUUUGUAAAAGCUGGACCGGAUCACGACGCCCAGCUCUGGCGCCGCAGUCAGAUCACCUGAGGGGCUUCGCAACGCCCGGGGCUGGGCCACCCAGAACCCGCGCGGUACAGGCGUCCCGUGGACGCACUCCUGGGUCCCCUGGUGGUUGCUGUGCAGCCGGGGCCACGAGCCACGAAGCAGGGGAGCACGGAGGACGCCCUCCAGGCCGCUGGGGUUGUCCACGACGUACUGGCCCCGAAUCCUCCCCUUGCUGUGACCUGCAACCUGCCUCGGGAAGAACGUGAUGCUGGGUUUUCUGUUGUGGUGUAAGUGAAGAGCAGAAGUUCCCACUAAGCCUUCAAGAGCGUGCCGGGGGGUCCUUUCAGGCCUUUUGACGCCACCUUCUCCGUAAGGUACAUCAGACGCUCUCAGCAACCUCAUUCUUCGGUGAUGCCCGGAAAUUUAGGGAGCUCUGUUUGAAGAAAAAGACAAGCCCUUUUAAAGUCUGCCUGGCAGCGCUAGGGAGAGGUGGGCCUUGCGUGUGGGAUUCCUGUGUUUCACGGACUUGGCGUUGCGGGGCGGGCACAGGCCCUGGUGCCAAGGUUGGUGCUGGGCCUGCAGCUGGUGGGGGCUGAGAGCUCAGCCCCCCUGAGCAAGGGCUGCUUUUACUGACUGCGUUUGUGAGGCACCUGCUGGGCCCUGAAGAGGGUGGUGGCGGGUCCCCAGAGGAAGGAGCUGCUUGGUUAAGGUGGCUCAGAGGCUGGCACUCGCUGUGUUGACGGCCCUUAACGGCAGGUGGCACGCGGUUCGCGCUGAGUUCAGGGAAGGGGAAGGCUCGCUGUGGGUGGAGGGGAGCCCCGGGGCGUGGAAGGGCCGCUCCGCUUCCUCGGUCCCACUGUCGGUGUCUGGUUCCUACCUUCUGCUGGAGGAGGACUUGAGGGCACGCGAGGCCCAGCUGCUCGUGUGGGCCCUCACUCUCCUGCCAGGUCACGUCCUCCAGAACCCACUAGAACUUAAGAGGCUGGGUGGCGUUCGCAGGUGCUCCGGAUGGCGUACUGAAAUAGGUGGUUUUGGUUUCCGUACCACGUUGGCAUCUCUUCAGGUGAAAACCUACUUCAGAGCACGACGGGUUGCUACCUGCCCAAAGCACCCCCAGUGCCCGCCUCUCGCUGGGUGACGUGGGGUGCUUCCCACCCAGAGCGGCUCCUCGGUGUGGACCGCACACCCGCAGGGGUUCUGCUGACCCUGACGGUGGUCGUGAGCCCCUAGGAGAGCGGAGCGCUGCUCAGCGUGGGAACUUCCUGCACGAGGCUCCGCCCCAGGUCACAGCAGGAAGGAGAAGGAUGUUGCCAGCCCAAAGGACCCGAAGACUCUGUUGCUGUAAACGCGGCCCCGUGGCUCGCUUCCCAGAGAAGCGCACACCUGGCUCCCCCCUGGAAACUGGGUUCUCCGCUUCUGAGCUGGUUGUGAAGCUGCUUCAGGGAGAAGCGGGAGAGGGACAGGGAGGCCGAGGACAGAGGAAGAAACAGGACUGUCGACGUCUGCUCCAGAAGCUCCCGCAGCCUUGGUCCCGCCCACCUGAGUGAGGAGGCAGCCCAGACGCCACCGUCCCCGCCGUCCACCGAAGGGGACUCUCCCCCAAACGGACGUUCCGAGGAACGGCCCUGGUCUUUCCCCAGGGGCAAGGGUGCACGGUGACUCGGUGCCAGUUCAGGUAGAUGGGGAGCCCCGCCCUGCACCGUUUGCUGCUGGCACAGGUGGACGUGCUCCCCUGCGCCCCUGCCGUUGACACGAGGUGCUGCUCUCGGAAGAGCUGCUGUCUGUACCCCUGGGCCCCCAGGGGCGCUCUCCUCUCCCAGGAGCGCCUCUGCCACCAGCUCCGUCCCCCCAUUGAACCAGGAGGGCGGCAGGGCUUCCUCAGGGGCGUCCCCACUGACAGUCCGAGCUGGGCAGGAGGACAGAGGCAGACGCGGGCCCCGCUCCCCACCGCCCCCCAGCAUCCCCCCAGCUUCGGCCGCAACCAGCGUCCAGCGUAGACGGUCAGCCCCGCCCGCCUUCUGAAACCCCCUCUUGCUCUGGACAGGCACUUCGAGAAACAGUGAAAAUAAAUCACCUUCUGUGGCUCAAAGGCUGACGGUGGGAAAGAGGAGGAGCGCCGCCCCGGGAGCCCCCGCCUCGCCCCGCCUCGCCCCGCCUCGCCCCGCCUCGCCCCGCCUCGCCCCGCCUCGCCCCGCCUCGCCCCGCCUCGCCCCGCCUCGCCCCCGCGGCAGGUGCGUGCAGCCUGCAGGCGCCGCGCCGGCCUGGGGGCGGGUGUCCUGACUCGUUGCCCGCUGAUCACGGGCCCGUGAGAGGCCGUCAAGCAGACAUCCCCGUGGUGACCGCGGGGCACCAGAAGGACCUCACGCUGUCUUUAAAAAGUGUCCUCCAUCUGCAACUAAUGAAGGCCGUGGAGGAAGAGGCUUGUCCCUCCCCACUUCAGAAUGCUUUUUUGGGACACUGUCACAGUUGGGAGCCAAAGGCCACGGGUGCAGACAGACGGCGCUGAGAAUCUCGUAACGACCCCCUUGAGCUCCCUCCCUCGGUCCGAGCCAGGCUCUUCUCUCUUCGCCACCUGUGUGUGUGCUUACCUCAUUCCAGUCGUUAAUCUUUUGCAGAAGAAAAACAGCUCUUCCAGAACCUCACCACACCCCUCUGAAGAGGUGGGCUCUACAUCCCCUCCCUGUGUGCGAGCCUGGGUGAGCCUUUCAGGCGGCCUUAACAGAGUAUGGCUGAGUCCUGAGAGGCUACACAUCUUCCACGUGACGCCAGGAGAUCCCUCCUUUGGUAGCCAGCCUCCAUACUACACGGAAGCCCAAGCCACCCGGACAGAACCAAGGCCCUGGCCCUCGGCCAUCACGCGGCAGCCCCUGACCGACACCGAGGCCUCCUUCUCUUCCUCCGUCCUGCUCUCUGUGGGGUCGGCCCCAGCACACUUUCUGCAGAGCCUGGCUGUCCUCUUCUCCCUGUCAGUUACCUCCGGGUCCUCGUGGUGCAUCUUCAAACCCAUGAAAAAGAGAAUAUGGGAAGGUAGCUGCAAACUUCCUGCUCAUCGCUCCGCGGGAACUCUGCUGUCCGGACGAGAAGCCUCUCUCCCCAGGACUCGCGAGCAGCAGCCCGGGGCGUUUGAUAACGAAAACAGGGCCACCUUUGUCAGAAACUGUCCUGAGGAUGGAGCCGCGGUUUGCUUUCACCUCUGCAAGUCACAGCAGACAGCAGCACCUUCAGACCUGCACACGGGACACCCUCCCUUCCUGCAACACUUGGCAGAAGAAGUGGCCCAUCUCUGGGCACGUGGUCUGCACCUCUGCGCGUGGUGCGUCCGGGCAUCGGAGACGCCCGCGGCCAGCUACCGCCCACCUCCUCCCCACUCUCCUCCCGUGAUGGCUCAGAACGGGCCCUGGUGGAGUCGUUACACCGUGGCAACUGGCAGAUACUCCCAAUCGAGGCUUUUUCCUUAGAGGGCGCUUACCAGCACACCGCUGACUGAUGGGAACGGAUCCAGAGCAGGCCCAGGGCCCCCCUCGAGGUUAGGAGUCGCGGGAAGGCACGCGUCAGGGGAGGGGGACAAAGGGCCUGAAAGUUCGGGUCCGAUAGGCGAGCAAGACCCCAAGAAAGGAAGUGGUGAGAAACCGCAGCCGCGCCCCCUCACCUUACACGCACACGAGGAUAAUGAGCCGCUUAGGCUAAGCCCCAGCCCUGCGCUUGGUGGGGCAGCGCUCUGGUGACGCCCACACCUGUCGCAUCCUGCUGAGUGCCGUCGGCCGGCAGCGGCGGCACCUCCCCGCGGGGGCGCUGCCUCUGGGUCCCCUCUCCAGCGAGGCAGGCCGCCUCCUCAGCGCCCCUCGACGUGCUAUUUACCCCAGAGACAUUCAGGGGAGACCCAGGCCGGGAGGCAGCUCUGACCUGGACAUGCCCAGCCCCGUGUUCAGGGGUCCCCAGCCUGGGGUCAGGCUGAGCCAACGCAGAGCCAACCUCUCCACAAGCACCGAAUCAUAAACGCCUGCCUGUCCGAGAGCCUCUCCCCCGAGUCCAGCACCCGGACCCAGUGGGCUCCAGAAGCUGACCAUCUCCUAGAGGAGGACGGGCUUCCCAGAACCUCAGACACAACGGGAUUCACUUAAAGCGUCUGGAUUAAUAAACCUUUGGGUCUUAAAAUUAAGCCCAAGCUGUUUUGUUGGUGGACCUAUGCCUUCAUUCGAACAAACAACUUUAACUUGGUAUUUUCAUCCAAAGGUGGAUUUAAAGAAGAAAUUACCACUCUUCCAAAAGACUGAAGAGGAGGGAACACUCCCAAA